GAUAGAGAGAGGGAAAGAGAGAGGGGGAGAACGGGGUUAACUCAGUGGGGAGACAUCCAGCACCAGUCCAAAACAAAAGCAAAAGUCUCGCAAGAAAUCCCUGCCAUCCGCUUGUGAUGAGAGUGUAAGCGGAAAUCUUACAAGGCAGGAGGAUUAGAGGGAAGAUCAGUUUGUUCAGCCCCAGCUUCAAGGGGGUUGCUGUCAAAACAGUCCCCGCCGCGCCGCGGACAACAUGGGACUUUGGACACUGUUCCUGCUGCCGCUCGCUGCUGUGGCCGAGCAACACCUGGAACGGACAGAUUUCACUUAUCAGCCCCCGUACACGAGUGCCGACGUCGUGAACCUGAAGGGCCAGCGAUGGAGACGUGGUGCGCACAUAAAUAUCGACUCCGUCAAAACAUUGGAAGCUGAAGGGGACCGUCUGAAUCAGGAUCUAGUGGGGGCCAGUCUGGCCAUCGACACCCUGCCGGACAAUGGAACCAACGUUGUGGAAGAUUACCAUAAAUAUUAUGUAUCCCGAAGCUUCGGGCCAAGUGAUUCCAGAACGAAAGAUCUCUGGGUCAACUUCACGAAGGUGGACAAGGAUAAAGUGAAAGUGCACGGGAUACUGUCAAACACUCACCGGCAGGCUUCGAGACUGAUUCUGUCCUUCGAUUUUCCUUUCUACGGUCAUUAUUUGCGGCAGAUCACCAUAGCAACCGGAGGCUUCAUAUUCACCGGGGAUGUGAUCCAUCGGAUGCUGACGGCCACACAGUACAUCGCUCCACUCAUGGCCAACUUUGAUCCCAGCUACUCCAGGAAUUCCACCAUCAGAUACUUUGACAACGGGACUGCGUUUGUCGUACAAUGGGACAAGGUGUACCUGCCCGACCGAGAGGACAUUGGAAGUUUCACCUUUCAGGCCAUGUUGUGUCACGAGGGGAGAAUCGUCUUCAGCUACAAGGACGUCCCAAUAACUGUGACUCAGAUAAAUUCUGCACAACACCCAGUCAAAGUGGGACUAUCUGAUGCCUUCAUGAUCGACCAGGUGGAAUCGCAAGCUUCUGAUGAUCAGCGGCGGACGAUUUACGAAUACCACAGGGUGGAGAUGGACAUGAGUGUCAUCAAGAGCAACUCUGCCUUAGAGUUCACGCCGGUUUCCAUGUGUCUGCAACACCUGAGUUGUAACGCCUGUGUCAAUGCUGAGGAUCGCUUCAACUGCAGCUGGUGCGGCGUGCUUCAGAGGUGUUCCAAUGGGUUUGAUCGCCUGCGACAGGAGUGGCUGGACUAUCACUGCAUGGACGAGCACGACGUUGAGCUCUGUGAGAAUCUUCCGGAACAUUCCGAAGACUUCUCCUCGUCGGCGACCCUGUCGAACACAUUGGAGAGUGGCAUUACCAGCACGGCCACGGCAAUGCUUUUCUCCAGCGGCCUCACGACAGAAGAUGACACCAAGUUGCUUUUCCACAUGAGAGACAGUGCAAUAACAGACGAGGGCCCGGUGGAGAAGAAAGGGGGUCCCAUGCACACUGGUGUUGUGGUGGGAAUCGUGAUGGCCGCCAUCGUCAUCACUCUAGUCAUCAUUCUAGCCGUCAUCUACAUCAACACUCACCCCCUGUCUUCAGCUGCCUUAUUUUUUAUUGAGGUGAGUCGAAAGCGCCGCCCCCACCGAUGGCCAGCCAUGAAGUUCAGAAACAGCGUCGGACAUCCCACCUACACUGAGGUGGAGCCCGUGGGCCACGACAAGGAAGGGUUCCUGGAAGCCGAACAGUGCUAAGACCUCCCUGGGGUGAAGGCGGCUGAGGUGGAGAAAUGGCCACGGUCCUCCAGAUCCACGGGGCACGGAGAUGGACUCUCUCCAUUUUCCAGCUGCAGUCCUGGCCAACCAGCCUCAUGCCAAUGACGGAAUUGUACCACCUCCGAUCCCCGCUAACAGCCGACCCACCCGUGUACAUAAGAUGAAGAAUAAGUUACAACUAAUAAGUAUAUGUACAUUUAUUUCUUUGCGAACCAGUUGUGUUCAGAUCCAUAUAUAUAUAGUAUAUAUAUAUACAACAUACCAGCGUAUAGGUAGACCUUAUACAAUGGAACAUUUCCAUCUACUUUACUGGGGGAAGUGGAUGCAAUUUAGAUUGGGUUCGUAUAAUUUAUAUAUUGCAGUUAUAAUGCACAGAUUUUCAUCCCUCUCCUGCUCCCAGAGUUAUAGACUGCAUUGUUCUCAUAGUCAAAGCCAAUAGCAUUACAAUUUAAAUAUGUCUUACUUUUUUUGGUUGCUAAAUGUUAAAAUAAAAGAUUUUCCAUCAUUGGGCCUGAGCAUAGGAAUUGUAACGUGUAGGAAGGAACUGCAGAAGUUACACCGAAGAUAGACACAACAUUUUGGAGCAACUCAGCGGGCCAGGCAGCAUCUCUGGAGAGAAGGAAUGGGUGGCA